AUGGCAACUUCACUUCUAGGGGAAGAACCGAGGUUGGGAUCCACUCCUCUGGCCAUGCUUGCAGCUACCUGUAAUAAGAUCGGCAGCCCCAGCCCGUCUCCCUCCUCCCUCUCGGACAGUACUUCUUCCUUUGGCAAAGGCUUCCACCCUUGGAAGAGAUCCUCAUCCUCUUCUUCCGGCAGCUGCAACGUAGUGGGUUCCAGUAUCUCAAGCUUCGGAGUGUCUGGGGCCUCCAGGAACGGCGGCACGUCUUCGGCUGCCGCGGCGGCGGCGGCGGCGGCGGCGGCGGCCGCGGCCCUGGUGUCCGACUCAUUCAGCUGCGGCGGCUCGCCGGGCUCCAGCGCCUUCUCCCUCACCUCCAGCAGCGCCGCCGCCGCCGCUGCUGCUGCCGCGGCCGCCGCCUCCAGCUCGCCCUUUGCCAACGACUAUUCUGUGUUCCAGGCCCCCGGCGUCUCAGGGGGCAGCGGCGGCGGCGGCGGGGGUGGCGGCGGAGGCUCCUCCGCACACUCGCAGGACGGCUCCCACCAACCGGUGUUCAUCUCCAAGGUGCACACCUCGGUGGACGGACUGCAGGGUAUCUACCCGCGCGUGGGCAUGGCGCACCCAUACGAGUCGUGGUUUAAGCCCUCGCACCCAGGCCUGGGGGCCGCGGGCGACGUGGGCUCCGCCGGCGCCUCCAGCUGGUGGGACGUGGGCGCAGGCUGGAUCGACGUGCAGAACCCGAACGGCGCGGCGGCGCUGCCGGGCUCGCUGCACCCCGCAGCCGGGGGGCUCCAGACCUCACUGCAUUCGCCGCUCGGAGGCUACAACUCGGAUUACUCAGGCCUGAGUCACUCGGCCUUCAGCAGCGGCGCCUCCUCGCACCUGCUCAGCCCCGCGGGGCAGCACCUCAUGGACGGCUUCAAGCCAGUUCUGCCGGGCUCCUACCCGGACUCGGCACCAUCUCCGCUGGCAGGCGCCGGGAGCUCCAUGCUCAGCGCUGGGCCGUCGGCGCCGCUGGGGGGCUCCCCGCGUUCCUCCGCCCGCCGCUACUCUGGCCGAGCCACUUGCGACUGCCCCAACUGCCAGGAGGCAGAGCGGCUGGGGCCAGCCGGGGCAAGCCUGCGUCGCAAGGGCCUGCACAGCUGCCACAUCCCUGGCUGCGGGAAGGUGUACGGUAAGACGUCGCACCUCAAGGCGCACCUGCGCUGGCACACGGGCGAACGGCCCUUCGUGUGCAACUGGCUCUUCUGCGGUAAGCGCUUCACGCGUUCCGACGAGCUGCAGCGGCACCUGCGGACCCACACCGGCGAGAAGCGCUUCGCCUGCCCGGUCUGCAACAAGCGCUUCAUGCGUAGCGACCACCUCAGCAAGCACGUGAAGACGCACAGCGGCGGCGGCGGCGGCGGCUCUGCGGGAUCGGGCAGCGGUGGCAAGAAGGGAAGCGACACCGACAGCGAGCACAGCGCCGCAGGCAGUCCGCCCUGCCACUCCCCGGAGCUGCUGCAGCCCCCUGAGCCCGGGCACCGCAAUGGCCUAGAGUGACACAGCUCGCCCCGCACCUCUCCCCCACUUCCUCCCAUCUGGGACCACUUGGUCCUUGUCUGUCCUGGCCUCGACUCCAGCCUCUCUCCACUGCACCCUGCGCGCUCUCUUUCGCUCGCUCUCUUUCUGUGUGUCCUGUCUCUCUCUUUCCUCUGACUUAAUUUUGUGAAGGGAUAUGGACAUGUAAGUAAUACGCAUCGAUAUCCCAGGCC